AUGCUCUCUGAAACAAGCAUUGAAAUGAGAUGCCAGAAUUGCCACUUACCUUUGCAAUUAGAUCCGUCUUUGGAAGGUCUUAGUUUGACCCAGCGAAAUCUACUACUGUCAAACAAUAAUAUUGCAACUACAACGAAUGAAAAUACCAUUUCCAACAAAGAAGGAGAUGCUAAUGACAAUUGCGUAUUUCAGAUACCAGAGGACAGACUGAAGCGGUUAGAAGAGAUUCAGAACAUAAAAGAUUUGGGUUUAGUCGAUGACAAAUUGACUACAGAUUCGUUUGUCUUUUUAAACCACGAUGAUGAUAAUAACGCUUAUGAUAAAAAUGACAUUAACAUAAACCGUCAAGGUGAUGAUUCAGACGGCGAUAGUGACAAGAAUGACAAUAGUGAUGCCUCUGGCCGAAACAGCUCUUUUCGAGAUCAUGAAGAAGAGGAACAGGAGAUCACCGAUGGAGAUGAAAACCAACAAUUACAAUUGAACUCCAAGACUUUGUCCACCCAAGUCAACGCAAUGACUAACGUGUUCAACAUCCUUUCAUCCCAAACAAAUAUAGACUAUCCUGUUUGUCAGGACUGCUGCAAUCUGCUAAUACAUAGGCUGAAAAGUGAGUAUGAUGAUGCAAUCAAGGAAAGAGACACUUACGCUCAAUUUUUAUCCAAGCUAGAAACUCAAAACAAAGAAAUAUCAAACGCCAUUACUCACAAGCAAUAUUCCAACAAUAUUUUGGAAAACAAAAAUUUACAAGAGGAAAAACAAGAGCUAUUAAAGCAAUUAUUGCGUCUGGAAACGAUGGAUAAUGAUUUAGACGAAGAGCUAAGUCAUUUGCAAGAAAGGAAAAUCCAACUACAAAACGAAAAACUACAAAAAUUGAGCGAUCAGAACUUAAUGGAUUUGAACAACAUACAGUUUAAUAAAAAUCUGCAAUCGCUCAAGCUACAAUACGAAUUGUCUCUAAAUCAUCUGGACAAAUUGAGAAAGAUCAACAUUUUUAAUGCUACUUUCAAAAUCUCGCAUAAUGGACCUUUUGCCACUAUAAAUGGACUGAGACUGGGCAGUAUACCAGAAACAGUGGUGCCUUGGAAGGAAAUCAACGCUGCAUUAGGCCAAUUAAUCCUUUUGUUGGCCACUAUAAAUAAAAAUUUAAAGAUAAACUUAUUAGACUAUAAGUUACAACCAAUGGGUUCAUUUUCCAAGAUCAAAAAAAGAAUAAAUAGCAACGUUGAAAACAAUAAUAAUACCACAUCAGACAGUCCUGGCGGUUGGUUAAUUCUACCUGUCUAUAACGAUGAAAAUUUUAACCUGGGGAAAAUUUUCCAUAAAGAGACAAAGUUCGAUAAAUCACUAGAAACAAUAUUAGAAAUAAUAAUACAAAUGACACAGCAGCUUUCUACAAUAGCGUCGUCCUUUUCUUCUCAAACACGUUUAUCAAAUCAAGACGCCUCUUCAUUAAAUAUUAACGGUAACACUAAUAAUGAUGCUUCCAUCCUGGAAUUGCCCUACAUGAUGAAUAAAGAGAAAAUCAAUGGGCUAUCUGUUAAACUGCAUGGUAGCAACCCGAAUCUUGAAUGGACAACGGCUAUGAAGUUUUUACUAACAAAUAUAAAGUGGUUGUUGGCAUUUUCUUCCAAUUUAUUGUCCAAGUCAAUGACUUUAAGCCCCGCAAACGAUGACAAUGAUAUCAACACUACUGGCAAUUAA